AACUGAGAAGAUUUUCGCGGCAAUCACCCUUGAACCUUUUGUGCAGCUAAAACCCCAUGGAAGCAGUUAAAACCCCCUCGCCUUCCUCCACCUAACGUUCUUCCAUUUUCACUCAUCGAGAAACCGCCGGAAGGCCGAAGCAGACGAGGAUGUACACCAGACGAGCAGCUUCCCAAUGGUUGAAGCGACUGACCUUCCGUUCUACAACAUUCAAUCGCACUUCCGAAGCUCCUACCUCCAUCAACGUAUCGAUCUUCUCCUCCCGCUGCAACGUGAAUUCUUCUUCUCGGAAUAGUCGCAAUGACUAUCGUAAUGGUUAUUUCAACGGAUAUCCGUGGGCUUUAUUAUCUGGACCUGCUGCAGCUAUAAUACUUGGAAUAAACUCAAAUCCUGUCUUUGCUAAGGACACAACAUUUAAGCCAAGUUCUGAAAAUGGUAUUGAAGAGAAUGACACUAUUGGACUACGCAAAGUGGAGGAUGGUUCUGUCAUAUCAAAUAUACAUACUUCAAAGUGGAGAGUUUUUACAGAUACUGCUCGGGACUUGUUUCUGCAGGGAAGACUUGAAGAAGCUGAAAGAUGUUUCGUUUCUGCGCUUCAAGAAGCUAAAGAAGGUUUUGGGGAGAGGGAUCCUCAUGUUGCAUCUGCCUUCAACAAUCUGGCAGAAUUGUAUAGAGUCAUGAAAAGAUAUGACAAAGCAGAACCAAUGUAUUUGGAAGCCAUCAACAUAUUGGAGGAAUCCUAUGGCUCUGAAGAUAUAAGGGUUGGUUCUGCACUUCACAACCUUGGACAGUUUUAUCUUGUUCAGAGGAAGCUAAAAGAAGCCUGCAACUGCUAUGAGCGGGCACUGAAGAUCAAAGGUCGUGUUCUAGGACAUGGCCAUAUGGAUUAUGCAGAUACUAUGUACCAUCUUGGAACAGUGCUAUACCUUCUAGGGAAGGAAAAAGAUUCUGAAGCCCUGAUCCAAGAUUCUGUAAGGAUAUUGGAGGAAGGUGGCUUAGGCGAGUCAAUUCUCUGCAUUAGAAGAUUGCGAUAUCUUGCUAAGAUACAUUUGAAGUCUAAUCAUCUUUUGGAGGCUGAGAAUGUACAAAGAAAAAUUUUACACAUUAUGGAAUUAUCAAAGGGAUGGAAUUCUUUGGAUACUAUAAAUUCUGCUGAUGGCUUAGCCUCAACGUUGUAUGCCAAUGGAUGCUUGAAGGAAGCACAAGAGCUUCUUGAAAGGUGUCUUGAUGCACGGAAGACUAUACUUCCGGAGGGCCACAUUCAGAUUGGUGCUAACAUGCUUCACAUUGCUCGAGUGUUAAUGCUAAGUUCCAAUGAACUGAAGGAGAUUGAUAUUUCUAAAGCAGUUAUUGCUCUUGAUAAAGCUAGAGAACUUCUUAAAAGUUCAAUAAGGAUAUCACGAGGAGUAUUAGAUAAAAUAAGCAAGUACGGGGAGAAGAAAAAAAUCCAUGAGGAUGGAGAAACUAGAAAGGAUGGGCGUACGGCACUUUUAAUAUUGUUACAAUCACUUGAUUCUCUCGGGCAUCUGGAGAUUACCUUGCAAGAGAUGCAAGGAUCAAAGGAGGAUCCUUCGCUCAUUCUGGCCGAGAAUGUACUCUUUGAAUGCAUUUCUGCUUAUCAAAAGUUCAAAGGUUCAAUUUUCGAGACCCCCGAAGUGAAGGCCGAGUACUGUGCAUGUUUGAAGCAUCUCUCGAGCCUGGUUCGUGACGACAAAACAAUUGGGCAAGCAAGAAGAAUCAGUUUGCAAGAUCUGCAAGACGAAAUCAGUCGCCUUGAGGUCGAAUUGUCUCCCUACAGAAAACGAAAAAGUUGAAACCUUGUUGCUUCUUCAGAGUUCAGUACUGGAACAUUGCUAUGGCUUCCCUCAUCAAAAGCAGCAACAUGGUGAAAAGGUUCCCUACUAACUUGUCUUAUCUUUCUUGAUGAUUUAUUUUGGUCUAUGUUCUUUUUCAUAUUGGCUUAGCCUUAUUGCAAUAAGAGCUGCUGCUUUUGGCAGUUCUUUUUCUUUUCCUUCAUUGAUGUCUUCUCAUUAAACAUUGUAUAAUAUUUAGUCAUGUUGUCCUUGAAGUUUUAGAUGUCGAUAUCGAUGAAAAUGUUGAAGUCAAUUUCAGGAAAACAUCGAUGGAAAUAUAAAUGAGUAUUUAACAAUUUCUAAAUGA